AAAAGCUGAUCACCACACACAGUCUACGAAUCUAGUUCAUUCAACAAACCUAAUACACCACCUCUUCUUCCACAGCAAACAAGCAGCGCUACAUCAAGAUGCCUCUCGUAGUUCCCGGCCUACAGUCCACAGACGGAAAGGAAGACUGGAUGACCAAGCUCAUGGGCAAGAAACUUGGUGAUCAGCAUGAUGAGAUGACAUUCGCAAAGACCGAUCUCCCCAAGGAACACCGCAUCGUCAAGCCCGAUUCGAUGAGCACCAUGGAUCACAAGCCUGAGAGGCUGAAUGUCCAUGUUGAUGAGGAUGGUACGGUUAAGAAGGUCACCCAUGGUUAGGCGCGAGUGGUUGCUGUUACAUGGCGCAGGGCUACAGACGAUAUAACAAUCUGAUGGAGUUAGGGUAGUGGUGCGGUAUGAGGUAUGAAUAUUGAAGGUCAUCUUAACAGAACUCAACAAGGAAAUAAGUCACGGUUUCUUGAACACC